GAAGCCACUCUAUGCCACGCUGCCGACGCCGACGUCGCCGACGCCGCCGACCUUGACGAGACGACGACCUUCAAGACCUGCCCCAAUCCUUCCCCCCCAAUCCCAAUCAUAUUCCUGGCCCCCCCCCCUCCCCUCCUAUUCCAUCCCGCCGGGUAUCCCGCCUUGGGAGAAUACAUAUUUUGGGGGCCCUGCAUCUGCACCUCUCUGCAUCUCUGCGAGUCUCCCCGUUUUCAUUCUCCACCGCUCCUUGCACCGCAUCUCACGACCGACCGGCGUCCGCUCAGCCAAAAGGGAAAAGAGUUCCGGCGCAACGUCGCGAGAACUGUGUGCCGCGAGGCGUGUUUCGUCGGGUGGCAAGCUGCAUUUUUCCGCCGGCGCUAUAUUCUCUGCUUGGUGCUCACUGCCCUUUCUGUUUGAAGCCUAGAGCAACCAGCCCUUCCUCCCCUGCGAAGCCCACCCGCCCCAAGCUCGUUGCAUCAUUCAGGCUCUAGACGAGGACUGGACCUGCCGUUGGAGAUCGGCGGUGAGCUCUGCCUGCUUCGACGUGCCGUAUCGUAUUGUCUGUCCCACGCUUGCCUUGCGGCUAUCGUCAGCUGCGUGCCGCUUCUCAAAGCCUCACCUGAUACCUCUUCCUGACGGACGCAAACCUCCCUGCCCCCCUCUUAAAGAGAGAUAUGUGUCGUCUGUAGAGCCAGUAGUACAUACUGUGUUUUCCUCCCACAUCGAUCGUCCUCUCGCCGGCCCGUCCCAUACAUACCCCACCUUGUUCCAUAAAGCGUAACUUUCAUACUCUUUAAACAAACAUGUGGAGGGGCGUCGGCUACGGCGGCCUGCAUUCUCACAGCUCCUACCCGGCAGACCGCGGCCUCGGCCACAUCAAUUACCAGCCCAAAGUCCGUGUCAUCGAGCGGUACAAGGUCGUCGGCUUCAUCAGCUCCGGUACUUAUGGCCGCGUCUACAAGGCCCUAGGCCGUCAGGGCCAGAAGGGCGAGUUCGCCAUCAAGAAGUUCAAGCCCGACAAGGAGGGCGAGCAAAUCUCGUACACGGGCAUCUCGCAAUCCGCCAUCCGCGAAAUGUCCCUGUGCAGUGAGCUGAAGCACGCCAACGUCAUUAAGCUCAUCGAGAUCAUCCUCGAGGACAAGUGCAUCUUCAUGGUCUUUGAGUACGCCGAGCAUGACCUGCUACAAAUCAUUCACCACCACACCCAGAACCCGCGCCACCCCAUCCCGCCCCAGACCGUCAAGAGCAUCAUGUUCCAGCUCCUCAACGGCUGCCAGUACCUCCAUGCCAACUGGAUUCUGCACCGCGAUCUCAAGCCCGCCAACAUCAUGGUCACCUCGGCCGGCGAGGUCAAGAUCGGCGACCUGGGGUUGGCCCGCCGCUUCGACAAGCCCUUGCAUUCCCUCUUCAGCGGUGAUAAGGUUGUCGUGACUAUAUGGUAUCGCGCGCCGGAGCUCAUCCUCGGCAGCCGUCACUACACCCCUGCCAUCGACAUGUGGGCCGUCGGUUGCAUCUUUGCGGAGCUACUGUCUCUGCGACCCAUCUUCAAGGGCGAGGAGGCCAAGAUGGACAGCAAGAAGACGGUGCCCUUCCAGCGGAACCAGAUGCAAAAGAUUGUCGACAUCAUGGGACUGCCGUCCAAGGAGCGGUGGCCGCUGCUGACGGCCAUGCCCGAGUACCCCCAGCUGUCGACUCUGCAGCCGCCCAUGACGCCGCACCACCACGGCCACCACGGCCACCACCGCGGGCACGGCUACGGCCACCACCCGCCCGCACCGAGCGGGUCGAACCUCGAGAAGUGGUACUACAGCACCAUCUCCCAGGGCGCCUCGAGCAGCGCGACGUCAGCGCCGCAGGGCAACGGCGCGCCACUGGCAAGCCUCGGCGCGGAGGGGUACAAGCUGCUGGCGAGCCUGCUGGAGUACGACCCCGUGGAGCGACUGACGGCGGCCAAGGCGCUGCAGCAUCCGUUCUUCUCGACGGGCGACCGGCUCAACGCGCACUGCUUCGAGGGGCUGAAGAACGAGUACCCGCACCGCAGGGUGAGUCAGGACGACAACGACAUUCGGACGAGCAGCCUACCCGGGACAAAGAGGAGCGGGCUUCCGGACGACUCGUUAGCCAGGCCCGUUAAGAAGUUGAGGGAGGUGUGAGUGAGCGGCCAGCCAAGUCAUCUUAUGGCGCUGUGGUGGUGUAUGAGGGAAGGGCUAAAGACAUACAUGGAUUGCUACUGGCAUGGCAUGGGCGUUGCGUUUCGUCUUGGUAUCGAACUCUGGAAUAGAUCGGUUCGGGGUUGGUGAAUUAGUGGCGUGGAACACGGUAUUUUCUUUAUUAAGUUGGGAUUGGGCGGUGCAGGAAUAUCAUUACAGGCUUCAAUAGAGGAUAAUUUACGAGCAACUCACGGAACUCAUUGACGACGAACCUAGGUCCCGCAAGACGUGGACAGGCUCCUUGAGAAAGAAAAUAGAUUCCCGGUAAAUCCGCCGGU